UUGUUUUGGAUACACACACUGAAAUCUCAUUCAAUCCGCAAAGUGAACUAAAGCUUUUUACAAAUUGCUCGAGUUUUGCGGGCUUUAUAAAUUUCUCUGCCAGCUUUCUCUAAUAUCAUCAGGUGUAUUGAGUACUUUUCCCCUUAGGAGUCCAAUUCCCGAAUCAGAAAAUCCAAUAUCCAGAGGUCAUUGCACACUACCACAAAAACAAGAAUAUACAUUUCUAAGCCUGGUGUGCCUCUGCUUAGCUUCAACCAAUUGAAAUUUGGGACAAGUUGAUUGAGAGAAAAUGUCAACAGAACAAAAUUAUUCAGUUACGGAAACAAUGUUUCAGAUGACUUGUUGUAAGGGAUGGUCUUGGGUAAAUGAUGGUCGUGACAGUUUACCCUUUUAAAAAAUUGUUUCCUGAUUUCAUUCAUUGUUAUUCAUAUUGGCAUAAAGGCAGCUGGUAUGUAAAAUGAAUUUAUGAAGCAUCGUAAAAUGAUAUCAAUCGGUUCGUACGAUGUACAUUUGGAUAUCUGUGGAGCCGACAAGUGAUCAUAACACACGCACUGAGAAACCGGGAGCAGAAACGAAUUAGCAAGUAAUCUGCAAUAGGUCGUUAUAAGAAGCGCACCGGGACAACAUGGAAAGUCUCCUUAACUCAUUCGGCUGGAUACUUUCAAUCAUAACAGCAGCAGGAAACGGCUUCGUAGUACUUCUUGUCGCCAAAAAUCGCCGCCUGCAUUCCUCGGCCAACAAGUUCGUCCUUUCCUUAGCAGUGGCUGACUUUGGCGUCGGAAUCACCGUUUUUCCGUCAAGUUAUUUUUGCAAUUACUCAAUGGCGUGUAACUUGAGCGUGCAAAAGGCAUUCUUCUGGUUCUUCCUUCACUCUUCAGUCACAAAUCUUUGCUCCUUGACUUGGGAUCGUUACCUCGCCAUCGUUCAUCCUUUAAAAUACAAUACCUCCAUGACUGUGAGACGCCCCGGAAUAGUUAUCUUAAUAGCAUGGUUGAUUCCUUUGGCUAUCUCGCUGUCACUUCUCGUGGGAAUGUACGCCACAACUUCCAACAUUGCUCAAAAUGUUAUACAACUAACUGGCGUGUCUGCCUUUGACAUAAUCUCCUGCGUAUUGCUCUUCUAUACUGUUGUUCGUAUCCUCGUUGUUGCACGCGCACAGUCUCACAAAGAAGCUCAGAAAGAAGCUGCAAUAGAACUACAAGUUCAGUUUACCCACUCAUCCACGGAUAACGCAAACUCGCGCAGACGUCGCAAGAAACACAAAACGGCUUCCUUCAUAAUCGCCAUUGUCGCUUUUUUCUUGGGAUGCUACGUGGUGGUAAACUAUUUAGUUUUGUGCAUGGCUUUUUCUUGUCAUAAUUUCUCCGAUGAAGCUGGCUUGAUCCUCAUAUUAUUCCUGGUUCUGAACUCCUCGGUUAAUCCUUUGGCUUACGCAUUUUUGAAGAAAGAUAUUAAGAUGGAAAUAAAACAGCUUAUCCGCGGAGGAAACUAGCGCAAAAUAAUCCUGCUAAACUUUUCUCUAAGUCUGAGCUUUAAUAUUUCAGUAUGUUGUAAAUAAGCCUCGAUUAAGGCGAAAGGAUCAAACGUUAGUAUCAUCUAUAAACUGUUUUUUAAAUGUGAGAUAAUGGCAAUAUUCAACACCUUUUAAUCACGGUUCAGAUGUAGGGUCGAGUUAAUAUCCAGUAAUGGGAAGUUUAGCAUCUUUUUUUGUUAGAAGUCUGGUCACGAAAAAAGUGGUUAAUUUUACGAUCUAUCGACUGCGAACAUCAUUAGUAUUGCUUCCAUAUGAUUAAUGACGAAGCCAAAGUUUUGAUUCAAGAAACUGAUGUGCCUUUAAAUGCAAAUUUAAAACGGCGGAACCUUUUAAGCGUCUUUUCAUUGUGUCGACAGGUGCUCGAGAAUGCGAUGUUAACUUCAAACUUCAUAGACAUUUCAUAAAGUCGAUCCUAAGUAAAUGGUUGGGACAUUCGUGAUUAAAUAAUGAAAGCAAGACUGCGAUUUUGGCUUCGUUUAAUUUGGCCUAUAUAUCAUCUCUGACUUGAUUAUGUCAAUAAUCUAGGUAGUCUUUUAUAUUAAUAGUGCAUGCCCUCAGGAAAUGCAUAUAGACACACACUUCACAGUGGCGUCAACCCAAGCAAUGCAUGGAAUAAAAUCUCUACCUUUUGUGAUAAGCGGGAUGUUUUUUUGUUUGGAUAUAUAAAGCAGGGAACACACUAAACGGUGAUUGAAAAUAUUCGAAAACAAAGAAGGGCCGCUGCCAGGAUGAAACAGUAAAAUAUAAAAACAUUUUCUGGCUUAAAGUACAUAAAAAAACACAAGCUUUCGACUGUCUUAAUUACAGUCUUCAGUGGGAGAAAUGGUAUAAAAAAGCUAAAGAUUCAAUUGUUAUUGAA